AGUUUCGUUUCCCGUCAGUAACAUCCCCGAGCAACCGUCGCCAUGGCAGCUGAGAAAGCUGAAAUGGAUGCGCUGAAAAAGGAGUGCGAUGGCCUCCGUGCACAGAUCGAGGCGGCCCGUAAGGCUGUGAAUGACAGCAGCAUGACCUCAGCAUCAGGGGGCGUGGCCGCAGUGGGCCGAGUCCAGCUGAAGCUCAGGAAGACGCUGAAGGGUCACCUGGCUAAAAUCUAUGCCAUGCACUGGUCGGCUGACUCCAGGUCAAUGGUCAGUGCUUCACAGGACGGGAAGCUCCUGGUCUGGGACUGUUUCACAGGAAACAAGAUGGUCGCCGUCCCACUAAAGUCCGCCUGGGUGAUGAGCGUCGCCUUCGCCCCCUCCGGUAACCUGGUGGCCAGCGGCGGUCUGGACAACAUGUGCACGGUGUACAACAUCAAGGCCGCCAGCCCCAAAACCCUCAGGGAGCUGGACGCACACACAGGUUACCUGUCCUGCUGCCGUUUCCUGAGCGACACUGAGAUCCUGACGGCCUCUGGCGACACCACCUGCUGUCUGUGGGACCUGGAGACCGGCAAGCAGAAGGUCAUCUUCACCAACCACAUUGGAGACUGCAUGUCGCUGGCCCUCUCCUCCGACAUGAACACCUUCAUCUCCGGAGCCUGCGACUCUCUGGCCAAGCUGUGGGACCUGAGGGAAGGCGCCUGCAAGCAGACCUUCUCCGGACACACCAGCGACAUCAACGCCAUCUCUUUCUUCCCCAGCGGAAACGCCAUCAUCACGGGCUCCGACGACUGCAGCUGCAAGAUGUACGACCUGCGCGCCGACCAGGAGGUGAGCAACUACCAGGACACCAGCCUGAACGCCGGCGUCACGUCUUUGGCUCUGUCCAACUCAGGACGCCUUAUCUUCGCUGGCUACGACGACUUCAACUGCCACAUCUGGGACUCACUGAAGGGAGAGAAAGUCGGUGUGCUGUCCGGCCACGACAACAGGGUGAGCUGCACCGGCGUUCCUGAGGACGGUAUGGGCGUCUGCACAGGAUCCUGGGACAGUUUCCUCAAACUGUGGAACUGAGGCGUCCCGGCGGAGGAGAAACACCGGGAGGAGGAGGAGGAGAGGAGGAGGAGAGGAGGAAGAGGAGAGGAGGAGGAGGAAGAGGGUGAAGAUAGGGAGGAGAGGAAAAUAAAAGUAGGAGGGUGGAGCUUUGAGAUUCAGAGGUCUUCCUCUCUUUCUCUCUCCCUCUCUGCUUCUUCCUCGUUCACGUAUGCAAAAAAAAAAAAAAACAACCAAUGAGAGGCUGCGAGCGAGUCGACUUGAUUAAAUGGCGUCAGGUAGCCGGAGCUCGACACGUCCCGCGUUACGUACACCACAGUUCUGUUGUUGUCGAGACGAUUUAAACACUGAAAAAGAAAAAAAUGUAAAAAAAAAAAAAAAAAAAACAUAGCACGUUAUUCACAAAGACGAAGAUAAGCUCUUACUGAGAACGUCAAUUUAAUAAAAAACUCAUCUUAGAUUUUUGACAAUGAAGAAAAAAAGAGAAAAGAGCACGUGAAUAUUGAAAAUAAGACUGUAGGCGUACAGAUUUAUUUUUAUCGUAUUUGAAGAGCCCUGCACUUAUUUAGACGAAAGAUCGAUAUGUACAUUUAUUUGUAUUUUAUAGUUUAACACGUUAGGAAGGAGAGUUGAUGUACAGUGUCUUUUUUUUUUUUUUUCCUUUCCUUUUCUUUUUGUUUUCGGGGGAUGCACGUAUCCAGAGUACGUGAGCGUGAGUGUGUGUGCGUGUGUGUGUGUGGUAGAGCCGCCAUCUUGGGUCCUCUGCUAACAACCGUGCAGACACCGUGUUGAUCCAAGAUGGCUGCUGCUGUUCCCCACCCCCCCUUCUCUCCGUGGAGAAACCCUGAAGAUGGAUGGAGGUUCUGGAAGGUGGAGCCGGGCCGCUGUGAGGUCUGGCUGCCGGCUGUUGGGCGACGUGACCCGUGAAAACGUUCUGUAAAGACCUGUAAACUUUAUUUUACUCCCUCUGGAUUCAGCUGCAUCUUGUAGUACUUUUACACUCGUGCAGUUCCUCUGUAAAAAGACGAAAAAUGUUUGUUGAAAAUCUUUCUAAUAAACAUAGAAUUCUGCAUUAACUCGA